UAACUAAAAUCAGUUUCCGAAGCCGAUUUUGAAAUAGGCCUACAGGAUGUUUCAUUAGCAGUGAUACCAUUUCCAAAUCACGAAUAGAUUAAUUGCUAGUGUAAUGCAACAUUAAGUUUAUAAGAUGGAAAGAGCCUUGAAGAGAUUGCUGCGGAUAUAUCCAGUAGCGCGUAAUUGGAUAACUUUGUCAAAUUAUAUGGCACCAUUGCAAUCUGUGCAGAAUGUAUCACAGAUGUAUAGCACUAAUUUAACAGAUUGUUCACAAUUGGAAGAUGCUAAUAGGUCAUUGAUGGGAAGAAAUAUGUACAAUAAUCUUAAAAAACUACAAGAACCUAUAAAAAUAUUAGAAUUAGCAGCAACAAAUUAUACAAACAUGUCUCUGCAUGAUGCACUUAAUACCUUAACUGCAUUAUUCAAAGUUUCUAAAAUGAAGAAUGACAUAUCUAGUACAAAUCAUUUAGGUUUUGUACGUUUGUGCGAAAUAUUAAAUAGAGAUAUUAGACGCAUGAAAAUAUUAGAUGUCAUUGAAAGUCUGAAAAUACUUAUAUAUUUUCAGACACAAAGCAAUACACUCUUAAUUCAGUCACUGUUACAAAUGAUUAGAGGAAACAUAAAUGAAAUGUCUCUCAACAAUAUAAUCUUUACAACUUUCUUAUUAAAUAAAUUAGAAAGUACACCAUUGAGAGAUGCUUUAUUGAUAGCUCUGCCUAUGGUAUUUGAAACGCAAUUACCAACAAAAUUAGAUACAGAUGACCUGCCUCUACUGUUAUGGUCAUUAAGAUUCAUAAUUGAAUAUAAUAUACAAAAUUCAGAUGUGUAUGAUAUAAUUUUCAAAUCAUUGUGGAAGCAAGAAAAUAAUUUAAAUAUAUCAGCAGCCAAAUCUAUCUUCUACAGCUUGUGCCACAUAUCUGAAUUAUCUCCAAUAGCUUGUGAACUUUUGUCUAAAGUACAAAAUAUUCUUAUAUCCAUGGCAAAAGAAUUAAAUAUUCAAGAAAUAACAAUGAUAUGUACAAAGUUAUCAGUUAUUGUUGUAAGCAACAGACAUGGAUCUAUAUUUUACAAUGAGAUAUUUCUAGAUGCUCUUGUUAAUUCAGCAUUAUCUUCUAAUAUUAAUUUUGUAAAAGGCAUCUACAUACUCAAAAUAUUAAAUGAUUUCAACCAUGUACAUAUACCUUUCUUAGAGUAUUUGGCAGCAAGAUGCUUUGAAAAUCAAAGUUUGUUGAAAGAUAUGACAUUCCAUAAGAUGUCAAUUUUCCUAGAAGGACUUGUUAACGCUGAUUAUAAGCCAUUAUUUUGGGAUACUAUUAAAGACACAAUAAUGGAGAAUAUCAAAAUAGAUAAUGGACCUUAUAAUAGAUUGUUUAUUAGACUUGCUCUGCAUCUGGUCGCGUUAGAUUGUUACAGUUCAAAUUUACUCAACUAUGUCUUCUCUAUAUUUAUAAGAAACAAUGAACCAUUGAGAGAUGUGUAUACUAGAGAAAUAUUACUUUUGUACCAAAGUGUUAAAACCUUGUAUCCUAUGUAUAAUGGAUCAUGGCCACAAGAACAUUUACUUGAAUAUGCUAAUACAAUUAAAUUGAUACCACCUACAUAUUCUCUCCAACCAGGAUUGGAACGAGCAUUAGGUGGUCCACAGUAUGUUCAUAAUAAUUUAAGAACAAAACUUGGUCAUUAUAUCGACCAUGUGGUUGUGAUGAGAAAAGGUGGAUAUCCUAUUGCAAUUAAUAUAGAUAGUCCUAAUAAUAAUGUUAUCUACAUUGAGGAUUUACAAACUCCAAGUGAAAGUCAGAUGAUAUUUAUUUUCAAUUUACCUGAUACUGCAUAUGCUGUCAACUCACAAAGAUUAAAAAGUACAUGGGCGUUAAAAAUAAAAUCCAUAGAAGCGCUAACGAAGUCCAAUACAAUUAUUAUAAAUUCAAGUUGUUGGAUGAAGCUUCCUGAACACGAAAGAAUUCCCUAUUUAAUGCAAGCUAUAAGGUUAAAAUGUGAUGAUUUUUUAGUUUCAACGAAUUAAAUUUUGUGUCACGAUUGAUAAUAUAAAUUGAACAUAAUUGAUUAAAAAAAUAUGCUUAUCAAUGAUACUGUUGUUGAAAUAUUUUUAUAGAUAUGUAUGAUUCUGUAUUAAUAGUUGUAAAUAUUGUAAAAUAAUUGUAUCUUAAUCAGAUAUCCAGACUGACAGAUAAAAGUCCAUGCAAUAUAGAAAGUGUCUUGAAAAAUAUAAAAUGAGAAACAAAUUAUUUAUAUUUAGUUAUUAACGAUUGUCGUAAGUUACUCUAUUAUUUUCCUUCAGUUUGCAAAUUUAAUUUUUAAAUGCAGUUUUUCGUCAUUAAGGUCUCCUCAAGAUCUAAAUAUAAUGCAUUAUGAAAAAAGGGUGUAUAUUCAACAAAUUAUCUAUAUAACAAUUUAUUCGUAUGAAAAUAUUUAUAAUACAUCAACAAUGAAAUGUAUAAUACUGGAUUCUACGUAUAUGUUAUAUACCAUCUGAACAGUUUUAUAACAAAAUGAAAGACGUGGAAAUCCAGAAAGUUAGUAUAAUAAAAAUAUUUUGUAUAUACACGUUGAGACAAUAUGUAUGUAGAUAAUAGAUUAAAUGUAUAUAGAUAUCACAAAAAAGAAUAUAAAUUUUUGUGAUCUUUCAACUAGUA